ACUACCUGUUGGUACUACUGAGAUAAUGCAGAGAACCGCACCAAGUGGAACAAUGGAAUCGCUGUCUUUUUAUCAUGGGGCCAUCAGCCGUGAGAUGUGUGAGAGGCGCCUGGCUGAGGUUGGCAAGGAUGGCAGCUACUUAAUCAGAGACAGUGAAAGCAUCCCUGGUGUUUUCUGCCUCUGUGUGUUGUGCAAUGGCUAUGUCUACACUUACCGCUUACAGCAAAACAAUGCAGGCUCCUGGGCAGCAGAGACAGCACCUGGUCAACAGAAACGGUUGUUUCGUAAAGUGAAGAAUUUGAUAAGUGCUUUUGAGAAACCAGACCAGGGCAUUGCCAUUCCCCUUCUCUACCCUGUGACUGUUCAGAAUCAUUACAGCCCGGAUAGAUCCAAUAUCUCAGCAUAAGGAGCAUGGAAGAAGAAACUAAACCCUAUUAACACCUAUUCAAAUUUUUCUUUAUCAAUUAUUAUUAUUAUUAUUAUUAUUAUUAUUAUUAUUAUUAUUAUUAUUAUUAUUAUUAUAUUGGUUUAUUAUUUUGAUUCAGAUAUUUUUUUAAACUGUUGAGUGAAACAACUUUCCAAUUCAUACAAGACAUGUAUAUAUUUUAUGUUUCACAUUGUAAAAAAGUAGAUAAUUUAGUAUUGGUGAUUCUACAGUAAGACAGUAAGUGGUAAUGAUAUUCAUUUUAUUUGAAACCCUAUUAAUGCAGUUUGUAUUGCAUAAUAUGAAAUUGUCUGUGCAUCUAUGUUAAGUAAUCUAUUUUUUAUGUUCUGAAGAAGUCUUAAAAUGCAUUUUAUUAGAAGGUGUUAUAAUGAAUAAAAAUUCAAGAUAAAUAAAAUACAUACAGUACAUACAGACAUAUGAUUUUAAGGCACAUGGCUCUGCAUAAAUCUGCACAAACCAGAAAAGCCCCACAGGAAGAGAACCUCAUCUCCUAGCAACGGCACUCUCAAUUCUCUAUAGCUAUCAGUCUUCAUGGGUGAAAUCGGCCUUAUAUUGCAUGAGAUCCAAACCUCCCUUUUUUAAUUAUUUCUCAUGCUUAUGGAUAUUCAUGGCUUCUGGCAUUUACAUCUAGCCACCAAUGAUUUUAGAGAUGAGACACAGAAAAGCAGAUAUUGGAUGUCUUGCUGAAUUUGAAUCGGAAGUUUGAAAAAAAAUCCUUCCAUACAGUACAUCAGCGUCUUCAAACACAAAAGAAGUCUGACUACAUAAGACUAGCAGAAGACACAGUGAAUGAAGAUUGAAAUAGUUUAAUAUUAUACUAGAAGAAAAUGGAUUCAGGGCUAUUGUGUUUAGCUUUGUUAUCAGAGAACAUGUAAGAUAUUUUAUUGUUCUCUAAUUUCAUUGCAAGCCAGGAUAUAACAAAUGAUAAUAAGCCAAUUCAUAAUUAUUACUGAAUUCUGCAACCCAUUUGACUACUGUGUGUAUACCCUGUAUGCUGUUAAAACAACUAUGAACCUUCUUAGCAUAAAUUCCACAAGAUCAAAGAAUGUGUGCUCUACUAUGAAGUCCAACACAAUUCACAGAGUAUGAAAUUGGCCACUGCUGUAAGAGAAAUCUAUUGCCACAAAGGGGUGUGCUUGGUCUGCAACAAUGUUUAGGUGGGUGGUACAUGUCAAAGUAACAUCCAGAUGAAUGCAAAGACCCAAGGUUUCCCAGCUGAACAUUGCCUGGAACAUCACACCAGCUAUCCACUGUUCCCAUGGUGCAUUCUAUCUCUUCCCCAGAUAAUAAUACAAAUGCACUCAGCUGUUCACCUGAAGUAAACGGAAACAUGAUUUAUCCAGGCCACCUUGUUUUAUUGCUCUCUGGUCCAACCAUAAUGCUCAUAUGCCCAUUUUAGGACCUGCAACCCAUCUGUGGCAACCCAUCUUAAAGCAAUUAAUCUAUGUAUUGCAUAUAAUAAUUCUUUCUACCCUCAGGGCUAUAAAAUAUUAAAAAAUAGUAAACAUUUUCAUGAAAAAUUUUAAAAAUACACAAAUUACAUUCAUCUAGUUGUAUACAUGUGCCCCUAAACUUGAAACUAAACCUGGCGUCUCUUCACAGCCUCUCUGAUAGGUUUUGUAUUGAUAAUGUAAAUUUGGGAGGGAGGUCUUGUCAGUGGUGUCACUGCAGUGCUCAAUUUGCAACUAUAUGAUAAUUACUUUAGAUUUUUCCCUAAAAUGUUUAUAAUUGUAAUUUCACAUUGAGGUUGGAAAAAGUUCUUAUUUGUGCAAAUGGAAGAAAUUGGAAAAGUGAAAAAUAAAUAUAUUUUUGACAUGA